AUGAGCACGAGGCACAGGAGUUUUAGGAAUUUGCUCAAUGCCACAGCCCAAUACCACUGCCACUGCCACGAGGUUGGCUUCAAUGCUGAUGAAGCACACAAUAUCGUUAAAGAGUGUAUAGAUGGGGUCUUGGGUGGUGAAGAUUAUGACCAGAACAACAUCAACCAAUGGACAGCAAACAUAGUGGAACAAUCCUUGACACAUGUGGUUAAGUUGGGAAAAGCUUAUAAAUAUAUUGUGACCUGUGCAGUGGUCCAGAGGAGUGCCUAUGGCUUUCACACAGCCAGCUUGUGUUUUUGGGAUACUACAUCUGAUGGAACCUGUACCGUGAGAUGGGAGAACCGAACCAUGAACUGUAUUGUCAGUGUUUUCACCAUUGCUAUUGUCCUGUGA